CCAAGACAUAGAAGGUGAAAAGAAUAUUAAACUUUAAAUCUUCAAUCAGGAAGUCGCAAGUGUCUUUAAAGAAUGUUUUUCAAUUCAUGUCUAUUUUCUAAUUUGAAGUUGUUGUGUUCCAUACCAGAAUAAAUUUGUGGGAAAAACUGGAAUCAAAUCCGACCCUUAUCCGUCUGCAAAUGUGAGCUCAUGUUCGAAGUCUCCCAACCCCCUCACGUACCCCCUCUUACGUCAGAUCCGCCCUGAAGUUAGCUAACAUUUAGAAAGAUGGAUGCUGUCAAAGGCUGGAAGGCUUCCAAGACAACAGCCCCGGCCCCUGGUCCCACAUACUGCCAGCCAUGUGUAGAAGACAGUAAACAAAUACUUCCCGAAGCCUUCUGUCCCGACUGCAAGGAGUUUCUGUGUUCCACCUGUGCCCGAGUACACAGAAACAUGAAGCUGACCAAGAGCCACGUCCUCCAAGACAAGAGCAGUAUGCCAUCCUCAUUCCGUGGCGCAGAAAGUGGGGAGGAGAAUUUUAAAGAAAAAUGUCAGCGCCAUGCUAAAGAGUUUAUAAAAUACUUCUGCCCGAACCAUGACGAACUCCUGUGUGGAGACUGCGUAGUUGAGAAAAUGCAUCGCUCCUGUAAUAUUGACAAGAUUUCGCAAGUGGCGAAACGAUACAAGGAAGGCGCAGAAUACAACAGUCUGAAGACAGGACUUAACCAGAUGAUCGGUGACAUUGGCGAGCUAUUUAACAAAAUAACGGCGAGCACGCAAUCAAUUGAUGGAGAAGGUCUUACCAAUAUCAACGAGCUUCGCAAGUUCAGAAAUGAAAUUAACCAACACCUUGAUAAGAGGGAAAGAGAACUUCUAGCAGAAAUUGACGAGAAGAAAAGGAAAUCCAAGUUGCUUCUAGAUGAACAGAAGUCGAAAUGCCAAGACAUGAAAACUGCCUGUGGUAACUUUAUAUCCAACCUUCAAACCCAAGAGUCCAACAACAUCCAGCUGUUCAUAUCAGGAAGAAAGGCCUUGAAAGAGCUGACCAGUCUCCAAACAACACUGAAUGACGUCUGCAACAAGAGCAGAGUUCCCCGGUACCAAUUUCGCAGGGAUCCAUCUACUGAACAGCUGUUGGCCUCCAUCACAGCGAUUGGGAGAGUGGAAAAGACGGAUUCAGCUUCAACCAGUGAGCAGCAGAACCGGCAACAGGAACUAAAGCAGCAGCAACAACAACAAGCAACACAGGCACACUCGACACCCCUGAAAGAAAAGACGGAUUCAGCUUCAACCAGUGAGAAGCAGAACCGGCAACAGGAACUAAAGCAGCAGCAGCAACAACAAGCAACACAGGCACACUCGACACCCCUGAAAGAAAAGACGGAUUCAGCUUCAACCAGUGAGAAGCAGAACCGGCAACAGGAACUAAAGCAGCAGCAGCAACAAAAAGCAACACAGGCACACUCGACACCCCUGAAAGAAAAGACGGAUUCAGCUUCAACCAGUGAGAAGCAGAACCGGCAACAGGAACUAAAGCAGCAGCAGCAACAACAAGCAACACAGGCACACUCGACACCCCUGAAAGAAAAGACGGAUUCAGCUUCAACCAGUGAGAAGCAGAACCGGCAACAGGAACUAAAGCAGCAGCAGCAACAACAAGCAACACAGGCACACUCGACACCCCUGAAAGUUCCCUUGCAUGGCAGCACAGAUCUAAGCCAGGCCGAGUUCAGCAGGCAGCCAGAUAUCUCAGUGAAGACAGCAAGUGAUAACAAGACCUGCUGGCUGACCGGUGUGGCCCGCCUGCCCGGGGACAGGUUGCUACUUACUGAUUUCAACAAUCUGUCAGUGAAGCUAGUGAACACUGAAACCAACACGGUAGUGUCGCAGGUGAAACUGCCAGGUAAGCCGUGGGACCUGUGUCUCCUGCCCGGGGACAGGGCAGCCGUCACUCUGCCUUGGAAGGAGAAGAUACAGUUCCUGUCCACUAAGGGUGAAGUCUCACUACAGGAUAUUGUUGAAGUAGGUGGAACAUGUAGUGGAAUAGAUUUCUGUGAUGAUAACUUGAUAGUGUCCUUCCCAGGUAAUGUUGAGUUGAUGGACAUGAAGGGAAAGAAGAGUGUGGACAAAGACAGCAGUGGAAAACCUUUGUUUCAUCAACCCUACCAUCUGACAGUGAUCACAGGGAGCCACACUACUUCCAUAUAUGUAUCAGACUGGGGCUCCAACACAAUCACCAUGCUAAGCACUUCUCUACAAGUCCUCAAAACAUUCAAGGACGCUGCACUGACUCGACCACGUGGCCUGACAGCCAUGGAAUACAACCAGCUGCUCGUGUGUUGCUUUGGCAGUAACACCAUCACGUUUCUAGACACUUCCACAGGUAAGAUAACCCAACUAAUGGGUGAAGGAGAUGGGAUGGGGAGUCCACACAGUGCGGCUUACUACUCACUGAACAAGUGGAUGUUUGAUACCUGCAACGAAAACGACUUUGUGAAAGUGUUCAAAGUUAAAUAA